AUGGGCACAAAAGGUGUCUCCGUUCAACUUCCAUUUUUCCUUCUCUUUUCGGGUUUUUUCUUCAUUGAGACCUUUAAGCUUGGCUCCUGCAACGGUGAUCUUCAAGUGGGUUGCAAGGAGAUUGAGAAGAGAGCACUUCUCAAGUUCAAAGAAGGUCUCACAGAUCCUUCAGGCCGACUCUCUUCUUGGGUUGGAGAUGAUUGCUGUAAAUGGGGAGGAGUGAGCUGCAACAACCGAACUGGAUAUGUUAUCAAGCUUAAACUCCGUAACCCAUUUCCAAACAGCUAUGAUAUUGAUCAAACAACUCACGAAUUGGGAGGCGAGAUCAAUCCUUCUUUACUCAAUUUAAAGUAUUUGAACUACUUGGACCUCAGCAUGAAUAAUUUUGGAGGAAUCCGAAUUCCGGAGUUCCUCGGGUCCCUGACAAAACUUAGGUAUCUCAAUCUUUCAAGUGCAUCCUUCGGUGGCACGAUCCCUCCAAAUCUCGGAAAUCUUUCGACUUUGCGUUAUCUUGAUCUCGAGUCUUCUGUUGACGGAUUGAAGGUGAAUAACUUGCAAUGGUUGUCGAAUUUUAAGUCCUUGAAGUACCUUAAUUUGGCAAGUGUAGACCUUAGCAAGGUUGCAUCUUCUUGGCUUUCAACUAUGAAUAUGUUUCCUUCUCUUGUGGAGUUGCAUUUGCCCCUGUGUCAGCUAUCCAACCUUCCUAUCUCUCUUCCACUUGUUAAUCUUACAUCCCUUUUGGUCCUUGACCUCUCCAACAACGGUUUCGACUCCACAAUACCUUACUGGCUGUUCAAUCUCACUAGCCUUGCAUAUCUUAAUCUCAAUUCCAACAAUAUCCAUGGUGGACUUCCUGAUGCAUUUUCCAAGUUAACUUCCCUUGAAAACCUUGAUCUAUCUGAGAAUAGCAUUGAAGGUCGGUUAUCGAGAGGAUUGCAAAAUCUCUGCAACUUGUGGAAUCUGGACCUUUCCACUAACAAGAUUACCGGUGAAAUAUCUGAAGUUAUCAAUGGAUUAUCUGGAUGCAAAAAUAACAGCUUAGAGAUGUUGGAUUUGGGGUCCAACGAAUUGACAGGCAGUCUCCCCGAUUCAAUGGGCCACCUUAUAAACUUGCGAUAUGUUGUACUCCGGCAAAACUUGUUCAGCGGUUCCAUUCCAGAAACGGUAGGGAACUUAUCAUCUUUGGAGGAAUUGUACCUUUCAAACAACCAAAUGAGUGGAAACAUCCCUCCAAGGCUUGGUCAACUGUCAUCUUUGGUUGUGUUGGACAUCUCUGAGAAUUCAUGGGAAGGUGUCAUAACAGAAGCUCAUCUCUUGAAUCUCUCGAGCUUAAAGGAGAUAUCACUCUAUAAAGAAUCUCCAAAUAUUUCCUUGUUUUUCAACAUCGAUUCUGAUUGGAUUCCUCCUUUCAAACUCAUAUACAUUAGAAUUCGAUCGUGCCAAUUGGGCCCCAGAUUUCCUCCAUGGCUCAGAAAUCAAAAUAAGCUGAUCACUGUGGUACUCAACAAUGCAAGGAUUUCAGACACCAUACCAGACUGGUUCCUGAAGUUUGGUUUGCAACUCGACGAACUGGACGUUGCAUACAAUCAAUUAAGGGGCACUGUACCCAACCCAUUACAAUUCAGUGACUCCUCCAAUGUCGAUCUGAGCUCGAACCUCUUUGAGGGUCCUCUCCCUCUCUGGUCAUCUAAUGUGAGUACCCUAUAUCUAAGGGAUAACUUGUUUUCUGGACCAAUUCCUCCUGACAUUGGUGAAUUAAUGCCUAAUCUGACAGACUUGGAUAUCUCUUGGAACUCUCUAAACGGUAGCAUUCCCUUGUCCAUAGGUAAUCUGAAUGGUUUGACAACUCUGGUCAUCUCGAAUAAUCUUCUUUCUGGAGAAAUUCCACAUGUUUGGAACAAUGUGCCAUUGUUGUACAUUGUGGAUAUGUCAAACAAUAGCCUUUCUGGUACGAUUCCAAGUUCAAUUGCUUCUCUAAGAUCCGUCAGAUUCUUAAUACUUUCUAGCAACAAUCUUUCAGGGGAACUCCCUUCUGGCUUGAAAAACUGCACUGAGAUGAUCAGCCUUGAUGUUGGAGACAAUCAAAUAUCUGGAAGGCUUCCAGCUUGGAUAGGAGAAAACAUGACAUCGUUAUUAAUUCUCCGUGUUCGGAACAAUUCCUUUGCUGGAAACAUACCUCCAAGUAUAUGUUAUCUCUCUGCCCUUCACAUAUUGGACCUUUCACAGAAUAAGCUGACAGGAUUAGUUCCUCCCUGUAUAGGGAACUUGACUGGCUUCAAAACUGAGGUUACACCUGAAACUGUGAGGUAUGAGGGGCGAUUGCAAGUCAUGGCCAAGGGAAGAAUGCUUCAAUAUUUCUCUACACUUUACCUUGUGAAUAGCCUCGAUAUUUCGAGAAAUAAUUUAUCUGGAGAGAUGCCUAAAGAAGUAACAAGCCUGACAAGGUUGGGCACCUUGAAUUUGUCCAUGAAUCAUAUGACAGGGAACAUACCUGCAAAUAUCGGAAGCUUGGAAUGGUUAGAAACUCUGGACCUCUCAAUGAACAACUUUUCAGGGUCUAUUCCACCAACCAUGGCUUCUAUGACUUUUCUGAAUCACUUGAACCUGUCAUAUAACAAUUUGUCUGGUAAAAUUCCAACAGGCAAUCAGCUCCUAGUCCUCGAAGAUCCAUCAUCAAUUUAUGUGGGUAAUGUUGCACUUUGUGGGUUUCCGCUAACUAUCGCGUGCAUUAGCAGUGACCCGCCUCAAGCUCCAGCUGGGGAGAGUAUAGGAGAAACAGAUGAUGCACUUGAAAAGAUAUUGUUCUCAAUUUGCAUAGGAUCGGGAUUCUUCCUAGGAUUUUGGGGAGUUUGUGGCACUUUGAUAAUAAAGCAGCGAUGGAGAGGCGCUUAUUUCCAUUUUCUUGAAGGAGUAAAAGAUAGGCUUUUUGAAGUGCUCUAUUUAAAACUCACUUAUCUGCAGAGGAAAGUCUUUGGAUCUUGAAUAUUAAUUACAUACAUAGAAAACUUUUAACAUAUUGCAUGAGAUGUAGUCCAUAAAUAAACCUAGAUACAAUAAGAACAAUGUUUAGAAUUGUAUCAUGCAUACUGUUAAAUACUAUGAGGUUUUCAACUAUAUUAUUGUAAUGUUUCGUAUUAACCACAAUAUAAACUAAGGGGAAGAUAAAAGAAAGAGUAGUCUUGUACCAUCAUCCAAAAAUUGCAUACUAAUUAAU